AUGAGACGCUCAGAUAGUGGUGAUUCCGAUUCAUUUGGAGGAUAUUACUAUUCUGACACAUCAGACUCUGAAAUAAAUGAGAUUAAUGAUAUUAUGAAGCAUAAUAAACAAGAUAAUAUAAAUUGUCAAAAUGAAGUCUUUGAACCGAAAGCUGGCCUAAUUUCUUCUUAUUUGAAUAUGCCGAGAGCAUUAAAUAUCAAUGAUUUUAAAUCAGUUUCCACUUUUAAUUUUGCUUCUUUUACAUCAAUACCUCCUGCAAUUCCAGUAAACUUAACAAACAUUCACAUGGAACUUAAAAACAUAUAUAUUGAUCCGUUUAAUGAAAAUCCCGAAAGCCGUCAGAUUCCUAGGUAUCCUACUGUGUUUGAUGAUGCUCAAGGCAAUGGAUCAGGUCAAAAAAUGUUUGAAUGGAGAACAUUUCAACUUCCUAAUGUUCCUGAAGUUGAUGUUUCGAUAUAUAAGAAAAUAAUUCACGAAAAAUUUGAUAUUACAAAAUUAGUAAGCUUACUUCACAAAAUUUAG